UGUUCGCUGUUAUCUGCCAUCUCCGUGUGACCAGUGUUUACUGGCGGGCGAGGAAGCUUCCUGAGAGCACGUGAUCUGCACAUAGCGCUGUUCUCAUGAAAUGCCUGCAUUACAUCCAAUCCUAAUCGUAUGACGUGUGAGCUGGCGCCCUGUACACAAUAACAUGCCUUGUAAUGCAAAUGGCACAGUUAACGUGUCUGAAUAUGAGUAGUCAGGGGUUAUGCUCGCCGUACGUGUCAUGUAUCCUGCCUAUAGUACAGCGGUGGUCGCUGGUGACCGGUCGGGCCGGUGUGACUGGUGAGCAGGUGGUGAGUCAGCGCUGGGUCGGGUCAUGCUCAGACAUGCACAGCGCGCUCCCCGGAGCUAGCCCUGACUUGUCCGCCGCCGCCUGCCUCAUAUAGGGAACUGCCGGCUGCUGCAGCGGUAUACACAGACUGCAGCACUUUACCGAGCCGUCACUAUACAAGACCCUGCUAUCAUGCUAAUGGGCAAGCGUGCGAUAUGAAUGUAUCCUCCUCACAUGCAGAUUGUCUGGAGCGUUCAACCAACAUGACAGCUGAUAAAGAGACUCUGGUAAAACCCAAUCCCCUUCUGCUUAAUUUGUUGAAAUCUGCUGGCGCUCAGAAGGAAACGUUCACAAUGAAAGAGGUUAUUUACCAUCUUGGUCAGUACAUUAUGGCCAAGCAGUUGUAUGACGAGAAGCAACAACAUAUUGUCCACUGCUCUAAUGAUCCUCUUGGAGAACUAUUUGGGGUACAGAACUUCUCUGUAAAAGAACCGAGGAGGCUGUAUGCAAUGAUUUCUAAAAAUCUGGUGACUGCUGAUUCAGCAGAUGGCUGUUUAGAAACUUUGGAGAAAGAAGAGAGCAGUUUUUCAGAGACAGAUAACUGUGCACAGCAAUCAGCUGAGGAACUACAAGAGAAGAUCAGUCCAUCUGCAUCAACCCCUAAGAAAAGCCACAGUGAAGAACCUGAAGAAAAUUCUUCAAAUGGUCAACCAUCAGAGCAACAGAGAAAGAGACAUAAGUCAGACAGUAUUUCAUUAACCUUUGAUGAGAGCCUGUCGUGGUGGGUGAUAAGUGGAUUACGAUGUGAUAGAAAUAGCAGUGAUUCAACAGACAUCUCUUCUAAUACAGACCAUGAGGCACGCUCAGUAAGUGAUGACUCAGAUUGGUUGGAGCCAGAUUCUGAUUCUGAUCAGUUUAGUGUUGAGUUUGAGGUUGAGUCUGUGUGUUCAGAUGAUUAUAGCCCUAGUGGAGAAGCAGAAAGCCUCACAGACGAUGAUCUAGAUGAUGAGGUUUAUCAGGUGACUAUAUACCAAGCUGAAGAAUCAGGAGACUCUUUUGAUGAGGAUACUGAAAUUUCUGAAGCUGAUUACUGGAAAUGUUCAGAAUGUGAUGAGAUAAAUCCACCUAUUCCAAGAUAUUGUAAAAGAUGUUGGUCUCUUCGUAAAGACUGGCUUCCAGACAAAACUGAAAGGAAGAACCCCUCCUUGAAAAGAAAAGAGAUGGAGGAUUCCCUAGAAGAUGAAGGCAUUGAUGUCCCAGAUGGAAAAAAAACAAAACUGGCAGAGUCUCAAGAUUUAGUUGUCACAAAAAAAGAUGAUGAAGGAAUACAAAGCUCUGAAUCCCAGGAAACUGAGGACUUUUCUCAGCCCUCCACAUCUGGAAGCAUUGCAUCUUGUAGUCUGGAGGAGUACAAAGAAUGUGGACAAGCUCAGGAGGAAAGUUCAGAACAGAGUCUUCCACUCUCAAGUGUAGAACCUUGUGUAAUCUGCCAGACUAGGCCAAAGAAUGGAUGUAUUGUCCAUGGCAGAACAGGGCACCUCAUGGCAUGUUUUACCUGUGCAAAAAAGCUUAAGAAAAGGAACAAGCCUUGCCCUGUAUGCAGGCAGCCAAUUCAGAUGAUCGUAUUAACCUAUUUCAGCUAAAGGUCAGCCCAAAUCAAUGGACACACCGUGAAAAUGGUCGGGAAGGGACUAUUGGAAUGUUAUUUUAUUGAAAUUGUCUACUAUCAUACCCUAUGGAAGCACUUACAUUUGUCUAUACAGGGCAGAAAAUUAUUGCAGUUUUAUUUUCGACCUUUAAUAUCUGAGUUUGAGAACAGACAAAUACCUUCAUAGACUUCAGGAGUCAAUAUAUCCAGUCUAUUAGUCUGUGACUUCAAUAGAACACAUUAAGCUCUAUCCUAUAGUCUAUUAGACAAGCAUUUAAAGCACUCUUGCAGGAAUCUGGUGCUUCACUCCAGGGAUUAGUUAUGCCUUGUUAAAUGUUGCUCAUAGGGUUUUUUUCCCCCCAUAAUUUUAGGUUUGUAUCUUCCUGAACGUAUCCAAUGACACUGAAGGGUUUCGUCAUAUAAUAAUAGAGGAAGGAGAUGUGUUCUUUGUUUUAAAAGACCUUUUUGAAAAUGACCUUUUAUGGAAAGUCACUCUUGGAACCUUUUUUCAUAUAAAGAGUUAGCCAUUAGCUUAAUGGACAUGUGUUUGCUGCUUUUAACCAGUUACCUGCAGCAGAGACUUUUUUUUGCACAUCAGUGAACAGUAUAUCCAGGUAACCUGGACAGAAAUGGCAGACCUCACUAUGUUCAGGAGAUGGUGGACUUUAAACUGGAAGAAGGAAUUCUACAGAAGAAACUUGAUACGUUUAAAACUAGUGCCUUGAACACAAGUUUGCCUAGUAGUUGUGAGCUAGAUAUUCUGACUACACAGAACUUCUCUAUAUCAGUGAGCAGAUACCCAAGAAUAUGUAGUCUCUGGGCUAAAGCAUCUGUUCACCUUGUAUGAAGUAGUGUUAUGACCUGCUCAUCCUAGUUUAUGUCUAGAGCUUAAGAAAUUACAAAGAAAGUGUCUUAUUACUUAUGUGGCUACAUAGCCUAAACUCCUCUGUAGCAGGCUUUCAAAAAAUAUAUACCCGGCUAAAAAGGGGCACAAUUGUAACAUAAAACACACCCUGCAUUUAACAUAAUUUUACCUAAAUGUCUUGAGGUCCAAUUCCCUAUUGUACAAUUGCAGUUCCAAUAUAAUCCCUUUAAGGCUCCUACUCUAACAAUUUCUACAGAGGGCUGUUUUAGGUUUUUUUUUCCCCUCAGAUAUUAGAUUUUUGUUUCUGAAUAAGGUAAAUCUUCUUCCAAAGCAGCACAAGAAAUUGUGCAGCCUAAACCAUGUUGGAUUGCUUGAGGCAUAUAUCAUUGGGUUAUAAUACAUAGUGAAUGGUCCUGGCUGUUUACUAUCCUAUUGCAUUUUUUUUACUUUAUGUUAGAAAUUCUUAGUUUAUUUUCUUUCACACCAAGAUUUGUCCUGUUCCCCAAUUUUAAAGGAGUAGUCCGGUGCGCACUGUUUUCCUUUUAUCCCGUCCGGGAUGC